AUCGACACGUACACCCCGCGCGGGUUCGUCGUCGGCGGCGUGGAGUACCGAGGGAGCGUGUUCCUGUACCAAGAGCUCUCGCUGCUGUGGAGCGUGAACGAGCUGCGGGACGUCACCCCGGAGUCUCUCCUCGCGGCGCGCGCGGUGACCCCGCCGCCGGCGCUGCUCAUCGUCGGGACGGGGAAGACGCUCGAGCCGCUGCCGAGGGAGACGUUGGACGCGUUCCGCAACUGCGACACCGCGCUGGAGGUUCUAGACACGCCGAACGCGAUAGCGACGUUCAACAUCUUGGUUCAGGAGGGGAGGUCCGUCGCCGCGGCGAUGAUACAUCCC